GUGAAGCCGAUUUUAAACAACGGUGCUGCUCGAUCGAUGAGCGAUAUAUUGGAAACUGAUCAUCAAACUUGGCAUGGCACCCACAACGGAGUCGAGGCUGAAUGUGGAGGCUCUGAGUAAGAGAGAUGUGCUGCUGCUCUUUAGUGUUCUUGAGGGAGAGCUGGAGGCCAGAGACUUUGUCAUACAGGCACUCAAGGCCCAGCGUAGAGAUUGCGACAUGUGGGAGCGAUAUGGCAAAUACAACCUGAGCGACCCGUUCCUGGCCCUGCAGAGAGACAGUGAGGUCCUCCAGAGCUCGGGCCAGACCAGGGGAGACGGAGAAAGUUCCUCCCAGAGACGAGAAGGGUUCUGUGGGGCCACGGCUCGCUCGGAUCCUUUGGCGGUGCUGAAGCUGGUGGUCGGACACUGCAGAAGGAUGCAGGAGAAGAUGCUGAAACAGCUGGCAGCUGCCGAGAACAGACAUAGGAGGGUCAUUGCUGAUCUGGAGGAGGAGAAGAGGAAGCAUGCUGAGGAUACUGCAGAAGGAGAUGAUGUCACAUACAUCCUGGAGAAGGAGAGAGAGCGCCUCCUGCAACAGUUGGAGUUUGAGAAGGCAAAGACGUCCCGAAUGGAGAGGGAGAACAAACGACUGUACGAUCAGUUAGAAGACCAGCGAGUCCAGCAUAAACAGCUUAUGAUGGCAGUGAGCCGUGAAUGCAACCGCUCCGGCACGCGUGCCCAUGAGGAAUCCCAGCGCGCCAACGAACUCAGCCAUCGCCUCGAUCGUGAGCGAGCGGCCAAUCAGGCUCUGAGGGCGGAGCUCGAGGAAGAAAAGAAGCGGGCUAUGCAAACGGAGGCGAGUCGAGAGGAGCUGCUGGCCGAGUUUGACACUGAAAGGGAGCAGCUUGGGCUGAGAUUACGAAAGGAGGAAGCGCGUUGUAGAGCACUACAGGAAGACCUAGAGAAGCUGAAGAGUGUGAUGAACAAUGCAGAGGAGAAAUCAAACAAGAUGCAGACAAAAAUGAACGGACACCAUGUUCUUAUGGAGGAAGAUGGGAAUGUUGAGAAGCAGGGCAUGUUAACCAAUGGGAGCUCUCAGACCAAUCCACAAGCUCACAGCCCUACAAACAGCAAUCAAUCACCUGACAUGCCCAGUACACAAGCUGCAUACCAGGCUGGCAUGAACCAGCGCUUCCAUGCAGCCCGUCACAAGUUCCAAGGCCCCUUUGAUCAAGAUUCCCAGACCGUCUCCUCCCCUCCGAAUAGUCCAUGUGACUUCUCGCCCUGUGCAGCCCAUGUGACUCCACCAGACAGCGCUUCUUCUAAACAAGCGGCCCACAGCACCGUCACACAGGCCCUGAGUCGCUUCAGCACUCAGCAAAGUCCCAGCAAACCAACAUCCCCCAACAGUUCCCCUUUUGGCACAGAUUACCGCACAUUGGCCCACUCUGGGAUGUUGUCUCCCACCAUCAGGUCUCCAACUAUUCCCAGAGGGAACCCACCUCCAAUCCCACCCAAAAAACCAGGCCUCGCUGACACACCUUCUUCUCCAGCCACACUCCGAGCUGCUCACUUGGCUCAAAUGACGGCCGGUUGUGGACGCAGCAGCAACUCAGAGAACAGCAAAGAACCAGACCUGGUGCUGUCGUCUAGCGGCUAGCAAGCACAAAUGAUGAACUUGAUCGUGUCAAACACUGUUGAUUUUUUUUUUUUUUGUAAGGGACAUUUCAGGUUUUUAAAAUCAGUUUUAGAAUAUUUGAAACAUAUAUUUUCGAAGUAAAUAUGCAAUAUUACCAUAUCUCAGUCAGAUGCAUGUUGAUUGUGUGCAUGAAUACAUUAUACAUUCUGUAUUUUACCAUGAGAAAAAUCACCUGUUUAUCACAGACAAUCACCAGCUUCUAUAAAUAGU